AGAAAUAAUAAUAAUUUUGUGAGCAAACACGAGUAAAUUAAUUGACAUGUCUAGAAAAAGUUUAUGUAUGCAGAAUAAAAGUUUCAAUUUCGAGUAAAUGAAUAAAAAAUUUAAUGAAAAAGUGCAAAAAGAGAAAGAAACAGAAGAUCAGAUUGAAGUUUGUGAGAAUCACAGAAAGUCAAUUAGUAUAAAUGAAAAUGAUGUGACCAAAAGUGAUAUGAACAAUCAACAACUAUCAACACAAAUCAAAGAGAUUUCACUUUUGAUUCAGUUUCAAAUUUAACCUGAACGAGAAGGAACGAGACAGCGAGAUAGAAGAGGAAGAAGAUAUCAAAAGAAAAGUGAAUCAUAAUUAUAAAAUUAAGCCAAAUAGAAAAUUUUUAGAAUAAGAAAAUGCAAGAUCCUUUACCGUCCCAAGCACAAGCGAGCAGUCUUCAUCAUCCAAAUCAACAGCAACACAAAACCCAAAUAAGUGGUGGGAGAUUUGAUUUUGAGGACGGCGGGACAUUUUGUGGUGGCUGGGAGGAUAGUAAAGCACACGGACAUGGUGUGUGUACGGGUCCAAAGAAUCAAGGUGCAUAUUCCGGUGCUUGGCAUUAUGGAUUUGAGGUAUCUGGAGUAUACACGUGGCCGAGUGGAUCAUCGUUUGAAGGUCAAUGGCAAAAUGGAAAGCGACAUGGAUUAGGUAUUGAAACGAGAGGAAGAUGGAUUUACAGAGGUGAAUGGACACAAGGAUUUAAAGGGCGAUAUGGUGUGAGGCAGAGUGCAACGUCGACCGCAAAAUAUGAAGGAACGUGGGCUAACGGUCUUCAAGAUGGUUAUGGAUCAGAGACUUAUGCAGAUUCAGGAACAUAUCAAGGGCAAUGGCUUAGAGGCAUGCGACAUGGUUAUGGUGUAAGACAAUCAGCACCAUUUGGACUUGCAUCUAGAUUUCGACCUAAAUCAAUUAGAGCUUCACUCACAUCAUUACGUAGUAAUGACGGUAAUAACAAUCAAGCACCCACGCCAGAUCCAGCUGAAAAGCGAAAUCAUCGUGUGGAUGAUUCUCGAGGGGGCUUUGUGUUGAAAGCAAAAUCAGAUGAGCCUCCACCAAGACGUAAUAGUUUAGUUGAAAAGACGAAGAAAGGUCUCCUGUCAGGACUGAAAAUACGUAAGCAGCGUAGUACAGGAGAUCUUGAGAAACGAACAGGUUCUGGUAGCAUACGAUCAACGGCUUCGACUGCAUCAUGGAUAAGCACAGAGUCAUCACAAUCGGGCAUCACUAAUAAGUCAGUACAUACAGACUCAAAUGCGAGCUUUAUUGUUGAAGAUGAGCAGUUGGAUGGUAGCGUUACAGAGACUUAUAUGGGAGAAUGGAAGAAUGAUAAACGAUGUGGAUAUGGAAUUUCAGAAAGGAGUGACGGUCUUAAAUAUGAAGGUGAAUGGUUUGCAAACAAAAAAUAUGGUUAUGGCGUUACGACAUUUCGCGACGGCACGAAGGAAGAAGGAAAAUACAAAAAUAAUGUGCUAAUCACUAGUCAGAAAAAGAAACAUUUAUUUUUGAUUCGAUCAGCAAAAUUUCGCGAAAGAAUUGAUGCGGCUGUCGACUCGGCACAACGCGCUAGCAAAUAUGCACUACAAAAAGCUGACAUUGCCAUAUCGAGAACGGCAACAGCUCGUGGCAAAGCAGAACUUGCUGAUGUUUCAGCGGAUCAUGCGCGUGUUGAUUCUGAAGUAGCCAUACAGACAGCACGCGAAUUUGCACCUGAUUUUAAACCCGCAUUACUGGAACGUUUUGAGAGGAUUCGAGUUAGAGAACGAUUCCGAAAUACAACAGUUAACGAUGAAGCUGCAAAAGCGAAACUUUUAAGCGAUAAUCAAGUGACAUCUAAUCAAACAAAUAGCAUUGUUAGUCCAAAUAAGCAAACAAAUUUAAAUCAACAACAUAAUUCACAACAGCAGCAGCAACAACAAAUACAAGCACAAUCAUCAAGUAGCCUAUUAAAUCCAACAGCACCAGCACGUCGCACAUCCGUAAAUCCAUCAGCGAUGCGACAACCAUCUGUGGAUUAUACGAUGCAAAAUAAUACUUCAAUAUAUGGUAAUAAAACAAAUACAGUAGAUUAUAAUAACACAUUAGGACAUAAUCAACAAUUUGGGCAGUCUCAGCCACCUGGAAACAGUAUGGGAGGAUCGGGAUCAGCAUUUAGUACGCCACAAAAAUUAGCACAAAAUAAUGCCAAUAGCGUACAGCAACAAUAUAAUCAAGCGACUUCAAAUAUUUCAGUUCAACAAUCACAACAACAUAAUCAAAUUUAUCAAACCAGUGCUAGUCAUUAUCAACAAUCGAUGAACCAAUCACAAGAAAAUUCCUUUAACAAUUAUCAACAGCAACACAAUUAUAAUGAUCAUCAAGGUGCAUCUGCAUAUACUGAUCCCCAUACUGGUCUUCGUAGAGGUUCUAGACAAGUUUCUGAUAGUGGUCGUCCAAUGUUAGGAGCAAUUCAUCAAACAUCAAUAGAUCAUUUUGAUCAUUACAAACGUCCACCAAGUCGUGAUUCAUCCGUAGAUCGUUAUACAAGAGCAGCCAGUCGACUCGGUGCAUCACGUCCGCCAUCUGUUGAUAGACAAGUAAUAGGUAGUUCACCAUCAGCGAAUCUUACGCCAGAAAUUUCAAUUGAUCGAAAUGUGAGAGCUGGAUCGCAGCUGCGUGGCACAACACCAGCGCCUCCAAUGAAUAUAAAUGGUUCAGUGUUAACAGGUGCUAUGGGAGGUGGAACUGGAAGUACUAGUGCAUCGCGAAGAGGAUCAAGGAGUGGUACGCCAGUGUUUCAACAACAAACAUCAAUACAGCAAAUUCAGGCACAUUAUUCGACUCCAAAUCAGCCAUUUGAAGAUGUACUUCUAAGACAGAGAACAUUAGGUCAAGAUAUUAUUCCAUCACCAGGACAGCCAAAACGUACUGAGAGUCUCUUUGUGCCGCAAAAGCCUAUAGUGAGUGGUGGAUCAGGCGGUGGAAAAGCCAGUGGUGGAGGUGGUGGAUCAAAAGCAGCAAACAAGAGCAUCCCAAUAAACGUGACAAUUCAGCGGAAAAAGUCUUUGCCAGAUGUUCAGCAAAUACCAGUUAAUAAAAUGAUGAGUAGGGAAGAAGUAUCGGUAUUAGGUUCAGCACGUCGAGAAGAAGUUAGACGUCAGAAAGAUGAAUCGGAUCGAUAUAGAGCAAAUCCGUUACUUUAUCUCGUCAGUCCACAAGUAAAGGACUGGUUUUCACGCCAACAACUGAUUUUGUUGGUUCUGAUAGUGAACAUAGCAUUGGCAAUUAUGUUUUUCAAGAUGCUCACAUAGCGUCAACUAUUGUCCGCAGAAUCAUUAAUCAUUCGCCUUAGAAACUGGCAAAAAAUGAAGUGAAAAUGAAUAUAAUUUGAUCAAUUUUCUUAUAUCAUUUUGCUGCUCGAAUUUAUUAUGUCAAAUUUGUUUAAGCAAAUUGAAAUAUUUAAAUAUAUAUAAAAUAUAUAAUAUGAAGAUAAAAAUGACAUGGCCUACAACUUUGGACUCAUUCAAUACAACAAAGAAAAAUAAUUAAAUUUAUAUACACAAUUAAAUUGGAAUUAGGAUG